UUUUCUCAAAGCAAGGAAAACCAAAUUUAAAUGUAAAUAAAUAUUAAGAAAAGCAGGUAAAAUAAUUUUGAAGAACAAAUAGAUAAGUUAGCGCAGAGCAAUAAGGAGAUUAACGCUGAGGGAACAAAACAAGGAAAAGAAAGUGAUCAUUAAUGGUUUAUUGAAGAAUCGCGUUUGGAAAAAUAUGGAUUCAAAUGUGAGGGAUUUCAUAGCAAAGGAAGUUGCUGAUUGGAACGACGAGGUAAUCGCCGUUGCUCGAUUCAAAGCAUUUUCCGGUCAAAGAUCCGAUUGGCAACCAACUUUCAUCUUCUGGAGAGAUUUGAUAAUCAAAAUCGCCACUCAUUUUCGUUUCCUCCUCAUUCAACCUUCCCAGGUCAAGAAUGUUUGGUUUAAUCGAGGAGGGUUAACCCCUUUGUGUCUCGACCAUGUACUGUCUCUAAUGUAUAAUGAAGGUGACAUCACUAGACCUGGGGAUCUUGUUGAUCCAACUACUGGAAGAUUCUCCCAACUAGUCAGAAAAGUGACAAGCUUAAUAAGCAGACCAGCUACACCAGAUAUUGCGGCUGAAGAAUCUGUCAUCCUAACUGCUAUGCUUAAGGAUAAGGCUGCUGAAGUUGUCAAACAUCUAUCAGAAAGUCACUGGAAUUCAUCUUGUAUCAUUACGAUGAAGAAAUUUCGAGAGAUAUCUGGAGGGACUGAUGAAGCUUCUGUAAUGUUGAGGUAUCUGUCAGGGUGUAGAACAGCACACUAUCUGUCAGUCCUUAAGAACGAACUUGUAGAGGGGGUUAAAAUCUCACUCUCAGCAGCAGCGUUAUCUGGCAUCUCUAAUUUAGAUUAUGAUGUUCUGUACUUGAUUUGGACAAUUGAGAAGCUUCAGCAACAAUUAGAUGUGAUUGACCGGCGUUGUGAAUUGUCGAGAAAAUCAGCAGUGGCUUCUCUUCAUUCUGGGAACAAAAAAUUAGCUCUCAGGUAUGCUAGGGAGCUGAAGUUGGUCACCCAAAGUAGAGAAAAAUGUUUGUCACUUUUGAAUAGAGUAGAGGAAGUAUUCGGUGUUAUUGUUGAUGCCGAGUCAGCGAAAAAGGUUUCUGAAGCUAUGCAGAUUGGAGCACGGGCUAUUAAAGAAAAUAAGAUAAGCGUGGAAGAUGUUGAUCUGUGUUUGAGAGAUCUCCAAGAGAGCAUUGAUUCACAGAAGGAAGUUGAAAAAGCGCUAGAGCAAAGUCCGUCGUUCACAGAUAUCGAGGAUGAAGAUAUUGAAAAGGAACUCGAGGAGUUAGAGCUGACUCUUGGUAAAGAGACUCAAGUUGCUACACCAGAAAAGGCUAUUAUCAGUGCAGAAGAAACUGCAACUGUGGAAGCUUCUGAAUGUCUCAGUGACGCGCUCUCAAAUCUCAAACUUUCAGACAACCCAAUCGGGAAGCCAAGAAUCACACAGGUGGUGUCUGAUAGAGACAAAACAGCAAAUUUAGUAAUGUAAGCCGUAUAUAAAAAAGUGAAAAGAGUUCAAUAACUAGAUACUCACAAUUUAAACUUAGUCAUAUUUCACUAUUUUGUCACAUUAUAAUAUUAUUUCUAAAAUCUCUUUAGAUUAAACGUUUGUGUAAAAUAUGGCUGUGUUUAGAUUUCGGCAAACUGAUGCAUACUUUGAUUAUUUGUUAAUAUACAGGUAAGUUAAUUUUAUAUUUUG